CACUUCAAUGUUCUGUCAUCCCUUCUAUUACAUAAUCAUCAAUUCAGUGUUUUCUUCUUUCUUUUAAUGUUUGUCUGAAGGUACUGAAGAUCUCUAGGCAAGACAAGGAAAAUGAAUUCUUCAAUAUCAGCUGGAGACUCAAUUUCCCCUGACAUUAUAUAGCUAGUUAAAAAUUUAUAAUAGGUAACAAUGGACCUUCUCAGAUGCCCUCUUAUAAGUAUCUCCUUAAUAUUUUAGUCUUUAUUGAACCCGAUGAUUGAAGACAUAAUCCAUAGAAUGAUUGUUGAUCUUUGGAGCUGAUCAAAUCUUGGGUCUCCACCUAAUAUACACCAAAGAAUUGUGCAGUACCUUGGUUCAAUCUCCAUAAAUUGCUUUAGAACACUCCAUUACAUUAGAUUUCAAAGAGGAACUGGUUUUUGCAUUUCCAAAAUAUUAGGAAAGAAAUUAAUGAUUUGAUUUUUUUUAGUGAGCAAGGGUUUCAGGAGGGAAGUACAGUGGCUUAUCUGAAGGAAAAAAAAGAAAGAAACAUCAAGCUCCAACAUGAACACUUUGUGUUUAUUUUUUUUCAAAGCUCAACUUAGACAUGAUAUCAAGAAAUUACAAUGGUACAAACAUGGAGCAGGUAACAGAAUUCAUUUUAAUUGGUUUCCAGCUCUCCAGGUCUCUGGAAAUAGUUGUAUUUACUCUGCUCUUAGUGGCUUUUCUGUUAACACUUGCUGGGAAUUUCACCAUCAUCCUACUGGUAGGCUUCAAUCAAUGCUUUCAUACCCCGAUGUAUUUCUUCCUUGGCAACCUUUCCCUCUUGGAGGUCCUUUUUGUCUCGACAAUCACCCCUAAAAUGUUGAUGAACCUUAUAUCCAGGAACAAAGCCAUCUCUUUCCUAGCCUGUGCUGCCCAGUGCUAUUUGUAUUUCUUCCUUGGAACCACUGAAUUCAUCCUCAUUGCUGUGAUGUCCUUUGACCGCUACGUUGCCAUCUGCCAUCCACUGCGCUAUGCCACCAUCAUGAAUUAUUGUCUUUGCACUUGUUUGGUCCUAUUCUGCUGGAUCGGAGGAUUCCUGUCUACCAUUGUCUCCUUCUGUUUGAUCUUUCAAUUAUCAUUCUGUGACUCAAACAUCAUAGACCACUUUUUCUGUGACUACAGUCCAAUGAUAACCCUUUCUUGCAAUGAUAUCCGUGUCCUUUUGAGUCUAGCCUCCAUCCUAUCCUCUGUGGUACUCCUCAGCUCUUUGUCAGUCACUGCUAUCUCUUACCUCUACAUAAUUGUCACCAUCUUUCGUAUGAAAGCUACCAAAGGUCAGCAGAAGGCCUAUUCCACUUGUGCAUCUCACAUCACGGUGGCUUCCAUCUUCUAUGGCAGUGCCAUUUUUAUGUACUCAUUAUCUAACAAGGAACGUUCUCGGGAUGUCCAGAAAGCAGUGGCAGUUCUAACUGCAGUGGUCACUCCACUGCUGAACCCUUUUAUUUAUACCUUAAGGAAUGAGAAGGUCAAGGAGACCAUAAAGAAUUUUCUAAAGAGAAAGAAAAUUCCUUUGUGAAGAAGCUGGAGGCAUCUGAAGAGUUUUCCCAUCUCCAGCAGGAUUGACACUGUUCGAGGUAUGCAAGAUUAUUUGAGUGGCAUACUGGUAACGGAUAGGCUGUUGAUUGCAAGGGUUUUUGCCAAAAAUUAAAAACACAUCCAACAUAUUUAAAUAUAAACCGUACAAAUUAAAUAAGCACAGUUUUCUUCUGGUUUCCCAUAUUGAACAUGUGCUACUGGGUGGCUAGUUUGCCAUAGAUUCUAAAUUGAUAUGUCUAGAAUCUAGAUUGAUAUCUAGAUUGAUAUGUCCUAUUUUUACACUCUUCCCAGGGCAGUCUGAGAAGUUUAUACUCGCUUUGUUUCACCUGAUAAAAUCCCAGAGUCACAUCUUUAGUUACUGAAUGUUGACUCCUUGAUUCAAGAACUUAGAAUUAUAAAUAACCAUGAACAUUGAGUUAAGGUAGAUAUUUAGCAGUACUCUGGAGAUUAUUUGAUCUUACCUUAUCUUACAUUUAUUGUACAUUGCUAUACUAAACAUCGUCUUUUCACUAGUUAAUCUGAUUCACCAACUGGAGUGAUUCCUGGACCAGGAAACCUUAUUCAUUAUGACUCGUGUCUUAGUUAGCUCCUGUUUGGAUUACUAUAACACUUUGUAGAUGGCACUGCUUUAAAGAACAUGUGGAAGCUGUUGAUGGCCCACUGUGAAACUACAUGGGCAAUUUUUGGCAUCCUACAUAAUAUUUAUUUUAUACCACUGCUCUGUGAGCUAUGCAGGUGAGAUUCAAGGUGCUGGUUGUCACCUAUAAAGCCCUACAUGGCAUAGGGUCAGGCUAUAUGUUGGAUUGCCUGUCUCCAGUUAUUUCUGCUCACCUUACCAGAACUAGCAAGAUGAGGAAGCUCCAGGUCUCUCCUAUCAACCAAUAUCAACUUGGUCCUUGUUUUAGAACGGCAUCUUUUCAGAGAUCCAGGUGGUCCCAAGCUUAUUAACCUUUCAUAAGGCUAUUACCCAAGGCAUUUGGGUAAUUCUGCACAAAAUUCUGCAAAUUCUGCUAGUUGAUUGUUUUUUUAAAAUAAAAUUUUAUUGAUUUUUUCCAUACAUAGAAUAAUAAUUUUUCAACCAACUUGCUGUCUGGGUUUAAAUACGUUAAUACAUAUUUAAUACCUAAUCCUUUAUUCUUUCCUCUAACCAUUGGUAAAAUAAGUCCCAAGUUUGAUAAUAUUCUGUUUCUUCUUUUUCUUUCAGUCUCAUAGUCAAUCUGUCCAUCUCUCCGCAUUCUAGUAUAUGUCAACAAGGCAUUUCUUAUGUAAUGGUUUUGGAAAUAUUUAUGGAUUUUAUUUUUUCCAUACCAUAAAAAAGCAUGCCAUCCCAAUUGUAAAUCAUGCCCCUCCAGAUAUAACAACCUUUUAUUUCUAAGAGUUAUCCAUUCUUUUACCCAUGUUAAUACAGAUCCUUGAUAGUACAAAACCCACUCCGAUAAAUCAAAUCCUCCAUUUUCUUUAGCAUCUUGUAACAUUGUCAUCUUAAUUCUAGCUUUCUUUCCUUGCCAGACAAAUUUCAAAAUUAAUUUAAUUUAAAUCUUGAAAAAAAACUUCUCGAGUUUUAU